AUGAAAUUAUCUACUGUGAUAUCUAUUGCUACUGUCACUUCAUUGGUGGCAGCUAAGAAUGUUAUUAAUUUACAAAACUUACGACUCGGGGUUGAGGCUGAAGAAGAAACACACAAAAAUGACAAAAGGGAUCCUAAAAAUGUUGUCAAUUUACAAGGAUUGAGAUUAGGGGUUAUCAAUGAAGAAGAAAAAGAAGUCAAUCAUGCUAAAAGAGAUGCUAAAAAUGUAGUUGAUUUCAUUGGAUUAAGACAAGCUGAUGGGGAAAGUAAACAUAUUAACAAGAGAGAACCAAAGAAUGUUGUUAAUUUGGCUCAUUUUGAUGAAGAUGACGAAGAUGAAGGCAAGAAGAAAAGAGAAGCUAAGAGAGUCACUAAAUUGCAUGGUGAUGAUAUUCUUAGUAAAAGAGAUCCUAAAAACAUUGUAAAUUUACAAGCUUUAAAAGAAGGCUUUGAAGCUGAAGCCAAGGCUGCUGGUAAUGUUAAAAGAACAUUUAAUGCCGAAUUACCCCAAUUAAAAAUCUUGAAAGAUUCUUUAGAUGAAGGUAAUGAACCUAAAAGAGAUGCUCAAGAUUUAGCUAGAUUGGCUAGUUUAGUCGAUGCUGUUGGUAAAAGAGAUGCAAAGAAUGUUGUUAAUUUAAAUGACUUCAUUACCAGUUCAAAACCAGUCAAAAGAGAACCAAAGAAUGUUUUCAAUUUGGAUAAAUUUCAACAAUCCAACCAUCAAGUUAAACGUCAAGAAGAACAACAACAGGUUUUAGAUAACUCUAAUAAUGUAUUUACAUUUGAUUUGGCUGAUUGUUAUAAUAAUUUGUUGCAAUCUGUUUUACCUCAAUUAUCUUCAAUUUCAAUCUUUUCUGGAUACAUUCGUCAAUUUCAAGAUAUUGAUGCUAAAACCGCUAAUCCAAACGAAGUCAUGUUAAUUGUUGCUCCAAAUGAUGAUGCUGUUGAAAGUAAAUUAAAUGAUUUGAAACCAUGGGAAUUUCCAAAGUCUUUGGAAUCCAAUAUGAAUGAAAAGGAACAAGAAGAUGUUGUCAAUGAUAAUUUAUUAAAUUUCUUGAAUGGACAUUUGGUUAAUAAUUUUGAAAAGAAGUUAAUCAUUGAUAAAAGUGUUUCUGAUUCAGUUAUCAUUGUGACCCAAUUAAAUAAUGGAAACUUUUUAAAGAUUAAACAAAUUCGUUCUACUGAUAAAUUUUUCAUUAAACUUGUUGAACAAGAAAAUUGGAUUAAUGUUGAAUCUGUUAAACAAGUUGAAAAUGGAUUUGUUUUUAUUAUAAAUGAUUCUUUAGUCAAACCUUAG